GUCAGUCUGGGUACGACGCUGUGUGUGUGUGUGUUCGUGUGUGACGAAGCAGCGUGCACGGGUGGAUAUGAAGGGCCCCUGGGUGUGGCUAGCGGUGUGGCUGGCGGUGGUCUGCGCCUCGCCUAUGGAGAUGGAAUACCCGGAUACAGACACUCCUCGGUCCGUCUACAGGAACUCGGGUCCUCGAGGCUAUCAGUUCGAGUACAAGGUGGUGGAUUCUCACGCCUCAUGGGUGCACAGCAGAGACGAGAAGAGCGACGGUGUGUCCACCCGAGGCUCCUACGCCGUGAAACUGCCUGACGGGCGCAUCCAGAGAGUCACCUACACCGCUGAUGACGACGGCUACCACCCUGUCAUCACCUACGUGUCUGCUGAAGGAGGAGGCGACGAAGGCGGAGGAGUAAAGGGAUAUGACUGGAAGGGCAAAAGUGGUGUGGAUUUGAAUCAUAUGCUUGGAGUCUUUGCCAAGAUGAAGGAUUCUUUAAGGAUUGGCUACUCUCCUCCGAAAGGAUUACAGGAGGAGAUGGUUACGACUCCUUACUACCCUCACGACCUCUGGGACAAUCUACCGCAUCACCGUCAUCAUUACGACCCACUAAGACUCUAUGAUGACUACGACGACCUCCCUGUUUACGAACCCCAUCACCCUUACGACUUCUACUACUACGACCCGCCGCCACCGAUGCCAUAUGACGACCACCGCCACCCCUACAAGUACAAGACCCCCAUCUACCUUCCACAUGACUCAAGCGAGCAACUUGUAAACAGAAACACGAAACAGGAGGUGGAUUACAAAGUGGAGUCAUCAGAAGAACACGACACUACACACCAGAAUAUGAAAAACUACAAACCAAAAUCGCCUUCUCAGGUAAAAAUGGAGGGUAAGAAGUACUUAGGUGACAAGACGAAGAGACCCAUGAUCAAAUACGAAGAGGAAUCCAAUGAGACUGAUAAAUCUUACGAGAUGGAAGCAAGCGAUGAACCUAGCGGGGAGAAUGAACAGAAAACGGAUAAAUUGGAUAUGUACGAGUCGAGUGAAGAGUCCAACGAACACAUGACGGAGAGAAUGGAUGACGAAUACGAGUCGAAGGAAAAGAUGAGUGAUGAAAUAUACUCAGGUGAAUCGAAGGAGAAGAAAAUGGACAUGAGUGAAGAGAAAAAGAAUGGGUACAAGGUAAUUCACAGCAAGAGCGCUCAGCAUAAGGACAUGAACGAGUACAUAAAGAAGAUAAAAAGAGUAAUGGCAACGUUCAAUACAGACAGAAGCUCGUACACGCCUCCAUCACUGUACCGCCAAGACACGAAUAGAAUGGUCACCCCGCAAAAAUACAUCCCGUCAAAGAAAACUAGCGAGGAAUCUGACGAGGAAGAAAGCGAGGAAUUCAAAGCCAAACCCAAACAAAUGAGUGUUAAAAUGACUCCUCCUGAUAAACCUUUCCAUAUACCGAACCAUUACCAUCCUGCCUCACAUCCUUCUCCACGUCCUUUACGUAAGCACUCUCUCCACAAAAAAACACACACAAAACCACUAGAUUCUACUUUCCACACCUCGGCACCAAUGUUACACGCCCCUCCACCUCGUUCACACCCUCCUCCACCUCCUCCUUUACGCAAACAUUCCCUCAACAAGAAGCCACAUACAAAACAUGAAUCAGCACCACCACCACAACCACCUCCACCUUCUCAUACAUCCCGAAGACCCAUCAUCCGCCUCAUGCCUCCUGUCCACCACCCUCACCAUCCUCCCCCACCAGCCUAUUCAUAGCCUCACCACUUUCCCUCACUAUUUCCACGCACUGCUGCAACGAACAGAUAAUAUAAGUAUAGCUGAUAAGUAACGCCACAGCUGCCUCCAUGGCUAUUUAUGUGCUUCAGUAGUAAUGACACAACUGUAAUGGAAACUGUUGUAACUUAUUUUUUGUACUGUUUAUAUAUUUUGAAAGGUUACCAUGGCUUAGGGAUCUGGAACCAUUUAUUUUUUUUCUUUUGAGUAAUGUCUUGAAUUUAUUGUGCCUCUUGACUAUCUUUUCAAAACGGUACAACGGCUAGAAAUGACUAAAUCUAUUCUUUUAAUUCUUUUUUUUUUUUUUUUUUUCUUGUCGAUGCUUUUAAAAGAUUUCAUUGCUUAUAUCGCUGUGAAAUUGUUGUAAAAGGGUUGAACGUCUCUCUCUCUCUCUCUCUCUCUCUCUCUCUCUCUCUCUCUCUCUCUCUCUCUCUCUCUCUCUCUCUCUCUCUCUCUUAACGUGAGGAAAAGGUACAAAUCAAAAUUAAUAAAAAAAAAAUAAAAAAAAAAGGUACAGAUAAAAAUUUAUGAAAAAAAAAAAUUGUACAAAAUCUUCAUACAAUUUAAUUCCUGUGUUUACUGUACAUUUAUAAUCCCUAAAAAUACAUUUCCCUACCGCUGUUCCCGAUCCCUGCUGUGGACGCUGAAUGUAUCGUGACCAAUGACAAACACAUCAAUACACCACGUGCUUCUUUCAAUGUACGGAAAGCUGACAACAUGGUGUGCUAGAUCCCAAAGCAUCACAACCCAAACCCAUUAAAAUUAAGAG